CUUGAGUUAGACUAGAUAUUGUGUAGCUAGUGAGUUGUUUUACAAGAUAUUAAACUUAUUUGCCAUAUCUGCAUGGCCUUAAGCAAAUGGUAAAUUACAGUAAUGGCAAGUUACGUCAACAAUAACGGUCGUCAAGCUCUGCGAUCUUCUUGGGCUCUCAUAGUAAUUCCAAAUAUAUGCAGUGCUUUAAGAAUUCUUACGGUGUUUCGUCACCGGAGAAAAUUCACGUCGAUUAUCCAUCGGAUGAAGUGGAUAGCGAGGGGGAGAGGAUACCACGAGCCCCUGACAAGCAAGUCGCGUUUGAGAGAGCGUGUAUUGAAGAUGAGCUCACGAAGGAGAAAAGGGUAGUUCUAUUGCAAGAGAACCCUAGCAGCAGAAGCCACUGUCGCUUCGGGGACUGCAUACCUACCAAAAUCACCGGAGAACCUAAUAUCAGGUCUGCAUUUCGCUUCAACGUCAAGGACAUUUCCGGUCGAUAUUAUGGUGAGCUCCAGUAUCUUACAGAAAGCUUACUCCCAGCCAGCUGGCAAAUAUCACGCUUUCACGACGCUGUUGAAGACUGGUUCCGCUAUAAAGGCCGCGCCUUUAACGUUAAGAUAUACGGUCGUUUCAAAAGGAAAUGGGCCAAGUGGGACAGGAGGUCCAGCACGGCGGAGUUUAACCAUGAGCUCCAGGCUCAUGGAGGCAGCUCUCAGAAUUGUGAAAAGUGUGGAGAACUACCGGAUGAGCCCCGAAGAGAGGACUAUUUUCCCGAAGAGCCUACCAGCUGCCUGCUAAGUGAAGUUCUUGCCUCCGUGAUUGGCGUGCCAAAUUUAGAUGGAGUAGAUGGAUGUUCAAAGGCACGGGGAAGUAAGAAGAUUCGCCGCAUAUAGAGCUCAACAUUUUGUCCACGAACUGUUGUUCUGAUUAGCUUCCAAGAUCUUCAUCUAUUUGACCUCAUUUGGAUAUAUAUCCGUCAGUCUAUGAUUUCAUGCACAAUCUUCCUGGUAUAAAUAAUCCAGCAUAUCUUCAUACCCCGUAUAUACCUCUAGGCCUAAGUGAGAUGCGGAGCUCUCCGUCUCAAAAAGACCGCCUGGGAGAACUUGAAAUCCUUGACAAUUAAUCCCGUACUGUGAGACCUCCCAAUUUG